AUGAAGCGUCCAGACGCUGUAGAUGCAGUUAUCCGGAGUUCCUUCUAUAGCGCCGAGCGGCCGCGCACGUAUUCUCCACGUCGGUCGGUAGAGGCGCAGUACGGCUCAUCUUCCUCUCAGGUGUACGUACACCCGCCCGUGUGGCGCAGAAUGCCGCCUCAGCAGCAUCCCUCGGUGUCGUUCCACGCGCACAUGUCUGGCGCUUCGCAUGUCGCUCCGCCGUCGUCUGCCGGUCCCUCUUCCUCUCCGUUUUACUGGGAAGAGGCGCAGACGCUGCAGCACGCGCCGCGAGACACGCGCGAUCGCGUGCGGGAGCUCGAGAGCGAGUGCCUCAGCAGUCUGCAGUCUUCGCUUCGCGUGGUGGCGGGGACGAACGAAGUCUCGCAGCGCACCGCCGUCCAGCUCGACGCCCAGUCCGAGCAACUUCGCGGGAUCAAGGAGACGACUGAGGAGAUCCACGAAAACCUGCAGACAUCGGACUACCUCCUUAAGGGGAUGAAGACUUGGUGGGGUUCCUUUACGCAGCUCUUCACGUCGCCGCCCGCCGCGCGCGAGCGCUCUGCCGGCGCGGCUGCGGAUCGUGCUGCGCGUUCAAAGGCGCCUGAGGCGGAGGCGCCUGAGGCGAAGCCGCCUGCGUUUGACUCGCGCAGAGGCUGGACGGGCGCGGACGGAAACGAGGCCGACGCGCACGCCAGACAGCAGCGCCUCGCACAGAUUCAACGCGCGCGCACAGAUGACUUCGACGCGCGCAUGGAGGGCGGCCUUGAGAAGCUCUCCGUCAUGUUGGAGGAGCUACACGGCAGGGCCGUUCAGAUGAACAGCGCGCUCCAGGAGCAGAACGAUCUUCUUGAUGAAAUCAAUCAGAAUGUCGAUUCGAAUCAGCAGGCGCUGGAAAAGCAGCGAAGAACGAUGCAGAAAAUCAUGAAGAGAACAUAA